AUGCGGGUCAAACAUCAAGCCUCCCCUAUUGUGUGUGUGUGUGUUCCUCAGGUGUUCCAUGCUAACACAGACCCAUCGGAGGUGGUUCUGAACCGCGUGCCCCAGCCUGUCCUCGCCCGCUUCGUGCGCGUCCGGCCCCAGACCUGGAGGAACGGCAUCGCCCUGCGCUUCGAGCUCUACGGCUGCCAGAUCACAGACGCUCCAUGUUCAGGGAUGCAGGGCCUCCUCUCCGGCCUGCUCCCAGACGCCCAGAUCUCGGCCUCGUCUGUCCGGGACAUGAUGUGGUCUCCCGGGGCAGCCCGUCUGGUGGCCAGCCGCUCCGGCUGGUUCCCCGCCCCCGAGCAGCCCCUGGCCGGGGAGGAGUGGCUCCAGGUGGACCUGGGCGUCCCCAGGACGGUGCGGGGAGUGAUCACCCAGGGGGCGCGGGGUGGAGAGACGGGGGCCGGCAGCACCGACAACCGGGCCUUCGUUCGGAAGUACCGCCUGGCUCACAGCCUGGACGGGAAGGAUUGGGGCUUCAUCAUGGACAGCAAGACCAAUCUGCCUAAGCUGUUUGAGGGGAACACCCACUACGACACUCCGGAGCUGCGGCGCUUUGAGGAGACCGUGGCCCAGCUGGUCAGGUUCUACCCUGAGAGGUGGUCUCCUGCCGGCAUCGGGAUGAGGGUGGAAGUCCUCGGCUGUGACCUGCCAGAAACCAGCACUCUGGCUGACACGGCCACGCCCACGGUGUCUGUCCACAUGGACACCAGCACGGCCCAGGGUUCAGCCACAGCCAGCUCCUCGCCUUCGAUGGGAGGGCUCUGUGACUUUGAGAAGGGUUUAUGCGGAUGGAGCCACGACCCCAGCGCCCCUCUGCACUGGUCUCUCCACAUCAGCUCCAGAGUCCCAGCGCAGGGCAGCAGCCUGGACCUCUCUCUCCCCACCAUGGGCCUGAACAGCUACCUGUACAUCGAGGCCAGCCCUAAGACGGAGCAGCAGCGAGCGAGGAUCCUGAGCCCCACGGUGGGGGCCGACACCGGGCCCCUCUGCCUGCUCUUCUCCUACCAGCUAUGGGGGGAGGCCCAGGGCAACCUGAGGGUGCUGCUCCGCGAUGCCCACCAAGAGGAGACCCUCCUGUGGACCCUGAGGGGCGACCAGGGCCCCGUGUGGAAGGAGGGCCGCACUAUCCUGCCUCGCUCCCCCAAAGAGUUCCAGGUGGUGAUGGAGGGGUAUUUUGACCGCGGUACCACAGGUCACAUCUGGAUAGACAACAUCCACAUGAGUUCCGGCACGCCACUGGAGGAGUGCACGCAGCCCUUCAGUGCCUUCCCUCCUGAUAUGACAGGUAUGAGACCAGUAGACUUUGGAGUGCACCGUCUUUUCAACAACCGGGGGCAACUUGACGGAGAUGACCUCCCUCCACCCAUCCAUCCGGUCCGCACAGUCCUGGACUCGUGGAGCACCGUCUCGCCCUCGUCAGACCCUCCGGUGACCCGCACGUCGGAGAAGGACAACUCGUGGCUGUACACGCUGGACCCCAUCCUGGUCACCAUCAUCGUGAUGAGCUCGCUGGGCGUGCUGCUGGGCGCCGUGUGUGCCGGCCUGCUGCUCUACUGCACGUGCUCCUACAGCGGCCUGUCGUCGCGCAGCUCCACCACGCUGGAGAACUACAACUUUGAGCUGUACGACGGCCUCAAGCACAAGGUCAAGAUCAACCAGCAGCGGUGCUGCACCGAGGCCUGAGGAGAACGAGGGAGGAGGAGGAGGAAGAAGAAGAGGCGGAAGAAGAGGAAGAGAGAGAGAGAGGGAGAGAGAGAGAGGCGGCCAUUUUACCAUCCUCACUAUCGUCUCUAUUCUCUUUGCUUCGUUUGGCCCUAGCCCUAGCAACCCUUUUGAACCCUGAGGGAAAGAACAUACCAUCCUGAUAGGGGUAAGCAUGGAGGAAAACACAUUGUCAGCCCCAUCAUGAGAACUCUCAUCCCCCCUAUUUUUCUCAAAGUGGUGCUGGCCAGGGUAGGGUUUAGUGGACUAGUGCCAAUGAUGGAGGGACUGGUCUCUGUUGUGGACCUUUCCAUUGCCAGGGGUCCUGGGCCCCAAAAAGAAAUAUCAACACAUAUCUGUUCCAAAUACCUACUACUCCACGAGAGAAUAUAAAUCAUAGAUUUUUAUAAGGUCUAAUUUUUACAUCUGGAGACAGUAGACUUCCAUACUUGACACAGAGAAGGUAUUAGACAGGUGGUAGAGGUUAGGAAGUGCUUAGGGAAUGAGUGUUUUUCCAUCACGUGAACACAGUGCCCUAGACCUUAGUUUCUUUGUGGACCAUUUUUGUUCAGGUAUUAAGGACUCAUGUAACAUAGCAUCCACUGUUUUCCUCUUGAUUAUCUGACAGUCUGUGGUAUUUUUAGACGCCACAUGUCUUUGAGUGUAUUUUUUUUUGUUCAGUCCCUUUUUCUGUUUCCUGUUUGGCCCUUUGCCAGUAUGUGGACGCUGAUAAAUUAAGAAUGAGGUAAAUAGAAGGGGACAAAGAAAUGUUAGAGAUAGAGUUACUGUUAGAUUUAGUUUCAGGCUGUCGUCGCUGUUUUUCUAUUUAUGUAAGAGAAAGUCAUUUUUGCACUGAGGCUAAGGGUCAAAGGUGAACGUGUUUGGAUCGGUGCAACCUAUGGAUUGCUGAAGGUGGGGAAGGGAAUCUAGAUGCUGCGAACAAGGACUGAAAAAAUCAGUGGAGCAAAUCACAGAAAAACGAAAUCCAAAGUUCUCUGUGUGUCACAUAAAAGGAAUUUCAAAGAAGACAAAAAGAAGGGCACAGUGAGAAACUGGACUUCAGAAUCAUUGACCGGACACAGAUCUGAGCCUUAAGUCAGCUAUCUAGCGAGGAGAGGACAACUGAGGGAGCGUAUCCUGGUGUGUGGACCUCAAAUGCCGUGACUCCAUCAGGGUCAUGAGUACCACCAGAGCACCUCUCAUUGGCUGUUUUGUUGCUCUUUUUUUCAACAUCUUUCCUUUUUGGGGGGGUAAUUUACCCAGAGAGGCUGGCAUGGAAGAGGCGUCCAGGUUUUGGCCAGAGAUAAAUGACUGAAAAGACUCUUGCAUCUAGUCCCUCUGGUCUCCUCUGCCUUGUGAAGUAGGAGAGGGAGAAAGAACAGUCAGGCGUUUUCACUCAGCACACACAUACACCUAUUGAAUUACAUACUCAUACAGACAUGCCAAAAUAACAUAUGAGCACUCUUCUUUGUGGAUAAAUACGCCCACACACACACUCAAACACACAAACAGCAGCGCACAAUGCUUGGUGUGUAUGGAGCUGUGAGUACUUGGGUAUGACAGAGUGGACAGAAGCCAGGGCUGAAGAGGCCAUUUUGGUCGAGGAAGGUCCCCGAAUAAAGACCGCCCGUCCGAACACACAUCGCCUCCCUGGACCCCGGAGACUCCCAUCACUGGACCCCAAUGACUCUCUACCAAGUGCCUUGGAGCUUCUGUGAUCCAGCUUGCCUUCGGAGUCUGUAUCAAAACACCACAGUUACAGUGCCCCCUUCUGUCAGGGAGGGCAUACUCACACUUUACCGGCAUCUUCUCUCGCACUGGACUGACGUAACGCUGUUGUUGUUGUUUUGGGGACUUUGUACAGAAACUUUCUUUUUAUGAUUGUUAUUAUUAUUGUUAUGAUUAUUUAAUAAAGGAUUUAUACCAUA